GCAAGUUAUCUUUAUUAUUCUCAUCUUUAGAUGAACAAUAACAUAUAAUGGCUCAAGGUGUUGAAACAAGAAUCAUUUUAUCACCGGAAAUCAAGAAAUUUCUGUCCAACCUUCUAAAACAUGGCAGCAUUAGUCGAACUUUAAAAACGAAAAUACGCAUAGCAUUAACUAACGACAGCGAAACUGAACACUCCAUACCGUAUGAAGUUCUCACAGAUGCGCAUGAUUUUUAUACUGAAUUCACGUUAACAACGGGAAACAGUGAUUAUGUUGAGAUUCGUAACUUAGUGAAGACUUCAAAAGUAUUUAACGAAACUAUCCCAGAACCUGUUAGGUCGCCAGAAUUAGUGAAACGUUUAACCAAACUCAAAGCUGAACAAGAACAAAGAGAAUAUGACAAAAUGGUGAAGAAUGUCAAGACGAAUAAAAUGACAUUAGGGCAGGAAGUUGGACAAGCUGUCAGAACAACAGGACAGCAAGUCAUGUCCGUUGUCAACUUUGUGUUGUCCGUGGUUGCGACUUUUGCGUUCGCUUUUGUCGCAUCGCAGUAUGCAUUCUCAGAAGAUUUGGGUUUAAGACUAAUUUUUUCCAUUGUUUUGGCAACUGCUGUGGCAUUAGCUGAAUUAUUUUUUAUGGCAAGAAUUGAGAUUUGAUGUCAUAUUAGUCUGAUUCGUGCAGUUAUACAAAUUUUUAUACUUCAGAUCCUUUUUAUGGUAGCUAAUAUAUACUUAAAUAAAGUUUUUGUCUGAUAGAACUGUUGUUAAGGCCGAUUGUCAUGCCUCAAUUCUUUCACUAUAGCGCAAAAAUCGUAAGGUAUGCGCAAAAGGUACAACUUACCGCUGACUAUGCUAGAGAGACAGAGGGAGCCAUAGCUGGCAACUACAUUAUCAAAUCAAGCGAGACUAUACAGCAGCUUUUAGCUUGAUUUUUGCUUGAUUUUAAGAAAUACUUGUGGUGAAAUAUCAAGUGUUUAUCAGCAUGGUAUAAAAUGAAUUUGUUCUGCAUUUCAGAAACAGCCGUUUAAUUCGCACUAGCUUUUUGUUUCUGAUAUUCUUCUAACUUUUUUUUUAAUUGCCAGCGCGAAAUGGAAAGAGCUAAUUAUCUUAAAUUUUUCUAAAAAAUGUUUUCUGUCUACAACAGUCAAUUCUGAUUCAUUUAAACUUUAGGCAGUUAACUUCAAUAAAGUUAAAAUGGCGCUACACCGGAAAGAUUAUGGUAUGGAAAUCGACAUUUACAAAGGGAGCCUAAAACGAUUUUUAUUGUCUGCAUUUUAAGAAUUAACCCUAAGAUUUUAAUCAAUGUUGCCAGUUUUUCUGCUCUUUUCAAAUAAAUUUUCCGCGCAGUCGGUAUGUUUGAUCUAUUCUCAUUGUUUUGAUAUGGCUGAGUUAUUCACAGGCGCUCUUCCACCAAGGAAUUUUUAAUUAUUAUUUUAUUAAAGAGAAGAUAGAUUUAACUUUGUAAAUCAAAUAGCUGUGCUUGGUUCAGUAGCAUUUUUAUUGCGUUCAGAAUCAAAGAAUAAAAAUAAGAAUUAUAAUAUGUCAUUUCUUGUGUUUUUCUUUCUCUUACUUCUAACAUUUUGUUUUGCUAUAAAUGGGGAAAAAAUAAUUUUUUGAGGAUUUUAGCAUAGCGAAAAUAUAAUUUGUCCGUGAAAACUUUUAAUUGAUGCCGCUUUAGCGUUCAAUUUAAAUAGCAAAUAUACGUAUAUAUGAAAAGUUGGAUAAUCUUGUAAUUAUCAGUUCAUUCAAAUUGUCUUUUUACGUGCAAAAAUGGACAAAUGUAUGUCCACACAAAAUUCCACUUAUUUUCUCUCUUAAACGAAUAUAUAUUAUCUUCUUAAUUUCAGUAAUGAUUAGCUACCUGUAUCUGAUUUAGUAUUUUUGAAUGGAUUACUACUUUUUUAUAUAAUUUAUAUAAUUUAUAAUUUCAUAUUUUAGACCUGUAAUUAAUGUAAACAUACAAACAAAAGAAGCAGUAUGCAACCUUGGGAAUAUUCAUGUCUUACUAAUAGAAUUAACAACAUGCAGACAAAGUUAGUCCCUAACAUGUCGUUUCAUUCGUCAAACGGUGUAAAUGGCUCAUUGACUAGUGGUGUGAACAUGGACGUUAGUGCAUUAAAACGUAAAAUUGAAGACUGUAAAAAUGACGUCAUAGCAAAGAGGCUGAAGACUUGAACUGGAAAUUAGUUAGAAUUUUUAUGCUUUGAAUAUUUUUGAAAAUGUUUGCUAUAACUUUUUGUGACUCUCUGAAAAUUUUAGAUCUAAAAAUGGUAAAAGAGAUUGUUUUGGAAAAAAUGAUUGAAAAAAAACAUGUUUUUGUGAAGUUUUUUUACGCUUCUAAAAUAAUGUAGACCGUUCAAUGUGUUUUGGAAAAAGAUUUGUGUUUUUUACUUUUUGUAAAUAUGUGAUUUAUUUGUUUCUAUGAGUGAUAGGGAUAUUUUUACUUUUGCUAAACUAUAUUUAAAUAGGGUAGCGAUUUAUUCUUAUGAAUGUAGUUUUUCCUAGGUUUUUGUUAAAUUAAAAAAUUAAUUAUCCUGAGCUACCAAAUUCCGUGGUAGCAGGGUAUUAUAGAGCUA